AUGAAAUGGCAGUCUUUUCUCGCUUUCAUGAGCGCAGUCCGGGUUGCUACUGGUCUAAAGCUCAUCGACGAGCCUGAGGAUAAUGGUGUCAUUUGUUAUACGUACCUUUCAGCCUAUCUUGCUGCUGUAGACGUUGAGACCGCUGGCCCAGUACCAGUCCUUCCUACAACGCGAGGAAUUCUCCCACCAUAUUUCACCAACAGAUCCACGUCUGCUGUUCCCCUGUCUACAUUUCCAGCAGACCGAGAGUCUUCGACUGUCCUCCAGGGCCUGGACUCUACUGCCGCUCUAUUUACCUCGUCAGACUUUGCUAUCCCAACAGAGUUCACUGACAUUGUCUCUCCUACUAGAGCUAUCUCGAGCGAUGUCUCUACGACAAGCUCUGAGGCUGAAGUAACAAGCCAGACUGUUAUCCUCUUCAUUGUACCAGAUACUGUCAAUGAGAGACGGAGACUGGUUAAGAGAGAUAUCCCUGGAGGUUUCGUCAAUGGAGUCAACCCAGUGGACAUCUGCACCGAUGCCGAUAUCUUCCGACUUGCAGACGGACAACUCUUGGAUAAUGGGAACCCGGUCUACUACGGCGGCGAGCCCUAUAAACCAUUUGGUAGCGAUGACACGCCGCCCGAUGGUGCAACUACAAGAAAGUUCGCCAACGUGAAUGGGAGCCUUGUGUUUACCAGCAGCUUGUUACCCGGUACUGGCUUCUGUCAGGAUGAUAGCGGGCAAGUGUACAUCACGUUUGGGUCACGUCCUCCAGGAUGCGACCCUGUUUUGCUUCAGUCUGCCCCAUUGCUUCCAACUUCUUCGACAGACUCUACUGUUGCCACAAUAUCUGCAGAUGUCUCUUCAACUUCUGAGUCAUCACUUGAACCUCUUUUCUCUAGUGUCUUCUCUACAGAUAGUGCAGCCAUAGGCCCCCUUCCUGAAGAGACUACUACUUCCAUCUCAACAACGACAUUGUCUGAAGAGUCUGGGACUUCUACGCAGCUUGAUACCACAACUGCUGCCGAGGAAACUACAACCACUAUAGCUACAACAACUACAGACUGUGAUAGUGUCAUGGUACUGACAACAGUAGCUCUGCUGAACCCAACACCGGUUAUUGGUAAUUCUGUUAGCCUUGAUGACGCUGUUGAGGCCGUUGUAUUGCCAUUUGAUGUUGCUGGCAGCGGUCAGAGCACCGUCCAUGUCAGUGAAAAUGGCGUAAUAUCUGUGGGCUCCAAUAACGGUGCCAGUACAUACACCAAUGGAGAGCUUCCGAGCUUAAGACUUCCACCGAUAGCCGUCUGUCCUUACUGGGACGACUUAUUUCUGUACAGGAAUCGCCUGAAUGUAAUUGUAUAUGAAGUCUUUGACGGCCAGCACGGCACGCAGGCUACUUUCGAGUGGGUUGUCGGAAGGUAUAAUUUCCCUAGAGACGACACCGACAGGAGUUUGUUCCAUUUUACCGCCACCUUUUACAAGAACUUUCCACAAAUCUUCAGGUUCUCAUACUACACUACAGCCGACGAGGGCUCGGGCGCAACAACAGGUGUACAGAAUGGCGUUAUUGAGGAUUACAGGCAGAUUUCGUUUGAUAGGGCAGACAGUGUACUAGAUGGCACUUCUGUGUUUAUCAAUCUUUUGACUGGUGGCUAUGAAACAGUACCAUUUGACAAUACCGAGUGUGGAAAGGGAGACCCUUUUGAUGGAUCAACGAUAUUUGCGGAGUAA